UUGUACAUCUGUUCGCAUGUGUAAUUAUUAUUAUGUUACAUAUUCCAUAAGAAGGUAAAAAUGCCAUACUCAUGUGCUAUUCACUGCCACUUUUUUUACCUAUCUCAUGUCAAUGAUUUCAUAAUGUCAUUAGCAACUACCUUACAAUGGAAGAUGAAAGCUUGGCAUCACUCAAAUCUAGGAUCAUGGCUAGGGUUGGAUGCGUCAGAGCCUUAAGAAGAUGGAAUCCACGUUUCCACACAAACGUCACUAGCUAUGUCUUUGUCGACAGAUCUGGAGUUGGAAUACAAGCAAUAGCAUGGGGCAAAAAAGAUCAAAAACAUGUCGAAUCACUUAUCGAAGUAGGCAACUACUUUGAGAUUGAUAGGUACGCAUGUGCAAAGCCAGUCAAAUACAUCAACGCCUUACCACAUGAAACAAACAUGAGAAUUGGGUUUACAACAUUGAUAACUCCGUUAGAAGACCUUCCGAAGAUACCACACCACUAUUUCAACUUUGGCACCUAUCAAAAACUCAGAGACAUUUGCGAUAGUGAAGAUGAAAUAACAGAUUAUAACAGAAGACUACAAGGAAUUAUAGAAGACAAAACUAAAAGGGACGGGAGCCCUUUCGUUACUUUCAAUAUCAUAGAUAUCAGUGAUGAGCCAAUUCAAGUUACACUCUGGAACGAAAUUGCGACAACUAAAAAUAGGUUUGACAGAAAGUCUAUAGAAAAGGCAACAGGACCAGUGAUCAUAGCAGUUACUUCAAUGAAAGUCAGCAGCUACUCAAGAAGGUCGGCGCUACAAUCAACUGGCAACACGUUCGUGUUUCUCAACCCCCAAACUGCCGAGACCGAGCACUUUCUGAACAGAUUACACUGUGACGAUUUUGAAGGCAUUAGGCAGGAGCAGCAAACAACUACUAUAUCUGAAAUACUAGGAAAGCCGCCAUCAGAUCUACAAGGCAUUACAUUCCUAUGCAAAGCCAGAGUUCAGCAGAUCACAUCUACUGUAGAAUGGUUUCGAUCUGUUUGUCCAACAUGUUCGCAUGAAAUUUUCAACUAUGGGGAAAAUUGGUUGUGCACAACAGGCGGCGUAUAUGAAAGACCUAUAUACAUGUAUCAACUCUCUGCAAUACGUGAGGACAACACUGGAGAAAUUCACGCGAACAUCAACGAAAGCCCAACAACCGCAAUAUUGGAAUUGACUGCCCCCAGCUAAGAAUAGACUCAGCAUGCAGGCCCGACUAAGCAAUACCAACAGAGAUUAGGUCGAUAAAAGGAAGAUCAAUGACUUUUCACAUUCAAGCAUAUCGAGAGGCAAGAUCUGGAAAGCUAAAAGCUACUGUCCACAAUGUAACUAACAUGGAAAACGCUCCAAAUCGAACACCCACACCUACAACUUCAUCAACAAAGCUCACUCCUGCUCCCGCAACACCCGAAACACGCAAAAUAAGCUCGAUAGCAAGCAAAAGAUUAGAUUUCGAAUCAGAAGGUAAACAACCUAUCACACUUUAUAUAGUUGUAGACAAACAUUCUUACAACAAUCCAUACGCUGCUUUGCAUGUGCCACUACCGGAAACUCAAAAAGAUCGAAACAAAGUCAAUAAAGCUUCAAACACGAAGACCAGACGUAACAGCCAACAAAAGCAGCAACUUUUGAAACCUUUUUUGUGUAAAAUCCAUGCUGAACCAUAUAAAUAUGUCAUGGAAAACUACUACAUGUUUUGUAACUAAACGCCUAACGGCUGAUGUAUAUGACUACUAUAUGUAAAAUC